CAGUCCCACAGCGCACCAGGGAAGGGUCACCCGUCCCGGUCCUGGGGCCGGUACCGGUGCCGAUGACCCCGGGGCGAGAGGGAAGUCCGCCCCCUCGGUACUCCCCUGUCCCCCCUCCUAUUGGCAGCUUCGUAGCAAGCCCCGCGUCACCAUUGGCCAGCACCGCCGAUGGGCACCGCCCCCGCUGCAUCCCCGCUCGGCCCCGCUUGGUCCGGAGCAGCCCGGGGGCACCGGGCACGGCGGCGUACGGGGUACCGGUACAGCUGUGACCGAGCACGAAGAGGCCCCGGGAAAAUAAACACCCCGUCCCACAGGAGGAGCCCCUGUAGCUCUGGUGCAGAGAUGGACACCUUCAGCACCAAGAGCUUGGCCUUGCAGGCCCAGAAGAAGCUCUUGAGCAAAAUGGCUUCCAAGACCAUGGCCAAUGUCUUCAUUGACGACACAAGCAGCGAGAUCUUGGACGAGCUUUAUCGAGCCACGAAGGAGUACACCCACAAUCGCAAAGAGGCCCAGAAGAUCAUCAAAAACCUCAUCAAGAUUGUGAUGAAGCUGAGCGUGCUGUACCGCAAUGGGCAGUUCAGCCCUGAGGAGCUGCUGGUGAUAGAGCGCUUCCGCAAGAAGGUGCACACCUUGGCCAUGACAGCAGUCAGCUUCCACCAGAUAGACUUUACCUUUGACCGCAGGGUCAUGUCAAGUGUGCUGACGGAGUGCCGAGACCUCCUGCACCAGGCUGUCAGCAGCCACCUGACGGCCAAGUCACACUCCCGCAUCAACCAUGUCUUCAACCACUUUGCAGACUACGAGUUCCUCUCAGCCCUCUACGGGCCAGCCGAGCCCUACCGCACCCACCUGAAGAGGAUCUGUGAAGGUGUCAAUAAGAUGCUGGAGGAGGACAACAUUUGAAGCCAUUGGUGGCAACAUGAUUCAGCAUCCCAUUACCUAUGAGCCUGAAGACAGGACAUACAGACAUUUUGGUGAUGACGGGGCUUUGUCCUCUUCUCUGUGAUGCUAACUCUCUCAUUUUCUCCUCUUUAUAUAAAAGACCAAACCUCCUGACUUUGUCCGUUCCUUGCCCAGGAUCUGCAAACCUUGCUCCUGGCUGAGUUCUUUGCAGUGCUCCAGGGCUUCUGGCUCCCUGGGCUCCUGCUGUAUUCUUGGUUUUCCUUUGCCCAUGAAGUGCUCUUAGCUCUGAGUCCAAGGAACUGGCCACAACUGGAUUCUCCACUUUGAACUUGACUGUAAUCCUUCUAUAGAAAACAAACCAAAGACUGGCAGUGUGCAACACCAAUCCAAGCAGAUGGGCAGCUGCUUGGUGAGGAGGUGUGAUACCAUUAUCAUGGCUCUAUUUUGGCAAGGUCUCAGCACCUCCAUGACACAGUGGGAGCAAGCCAUGCUCUAGGUUUACGCUGCCCAGCUUAGGAGGGUACUUCUGUGCCUUGCAGGCUGGAAGGGGUUUUGGCCUCCCAAGGGCAAGUCCUGGCAACCAGAAAGAUCCCCAAUUGCACGGGUGAGCAGUGGUCCCUCAGGGCUGGAAGCACACUGGUGGCCCUGUGUUCUCCUUCAUCCUGGGCUCAGCUGGGAUCCCCAAACAGCCUCCUGUGGAUGGUAUCACUGUGAUCACUCAGAUGCCUUCCUUUGUCAUUGUCCCAAGUAUUUCACACAUUUUACAUGUCCUUGAGUGAGUUCUAAUUGUUUUUUACAAAACUCUGUAGCCCUUAUGAGUUAUUUAAAUAAACUCAACUGGUUUGGCUUGGU